UAUAGGCUGGUUACGUGUUUCCGCCCGUGGCCAAGGAAACGCGUAGACAUACACCUAUCUCAAAACAGACUGACAGGCACUAGCUCAAGCCGGAGUGAGCUUUAGAUAGCUACCGCAAGGGCUGCAUAGGAAACUAAUAACGUUAGCUAGCUCAUCCGUCCGUCCACCCACUGACAAGUCAGAUCACAAAACUCAUCCCGUCACUGUCUGGAUGCUUCUGUAGGAAUACAGGAUAUUUCACAACACUGGGGAGUCAGUAAGACUGUUGGUAAGCAUCAUUUCCCGACGCGAACGCCGGAAUGGCGUUCAUGGAGAAGCCGUCUGCGGGGAAGAUCCUGCUGGACGACACCGUGGCGGUGACAGCUGUAAUCGAAGCGAGCCAGAACCUUCACUCCCACACAGAAUACAUUAUCCGUGUUCAGAGGGGCGUUUCUCUUGAGAACAGCUGGCAGGUCAUAAGAAGAUACAGUGACUUUGACAUGCUGAACAAUAGUCUAUUGAUCUCUGGCCUCAAUCUGCCCCUUCCGCCCAAAAAGCUGAUCGGAAACAUGGACAGAGAGUUCAUUGCGGAGAGGCAGAAGGGCCUGCAGACCUAUCUGAACUUCAUCACCACUCACCACAUUCUCUCCAGCUCUGAACUCGUCAAGAAGUUCCUGGACACCAACAACUACUCCGCCAACUACACAGAAAUCGCUCUGCAGCAAGUUUCCAUGUUCUUCAGAUCUGACCCAAAGUGGGAAGUGGUCGAGCCACUGAAAGACAUUGGAUGGAGGUUACGAAAGAGGUACUUUCUAAUCAAAAACAAAGACCAGCCCAAGGAGCGCCAGGUUUUAAGCUGGGUUGACCUGGGUCCUGAUAAGUUCCUGUCAGACAAAGACCUGCAGUCUGCGAUGAAGCUCCUCCCCACAGUGUCCAACUCGUACAUUUUCCCCGUCACCUUCGUCACCACCAGCGAGUCGUCUGCACUAGUUAUCCGAACCUUCAGUGAGAAAGGGACUCUCCGAGAUCACAUAUGUAAGGUUAAGCCAAAAGAACCCUUCUUGAAGAAGUACUGCAACCCCAAGAAGAUCCAGGGCCUGGAGCUGCACCAGAUCAGGACCUACGGGCGGCAGAUCUUAGAGAUCCUAAAAUUUCUACACGACAAAGGAUUCCCGUACGGACACCUCCACGCCUCCAACAUCUUACUGGAGGACGACACGUGCAGACUGCUGGACCUGGAGAACUCCCUGCUGGGCCUCCCCUCCUACUACAGACCCUACGUCGCACAGUUCAGGAAGAUCAAUACGACCGAGAGCAUCGAUGUGUACGCCUUCGGACACUUGCUGUAUGAAAUGGCGUACGGGAGGCCUCCGGAUUCAGUGCCAGUCGACCAGUACCCUCCUGCCCCCUCCCCGUCUGUGGUGACGGUGCUGCAGUCCAUCCUGUCGGCCGAGGCUUGCAAAGGCGGGAUGCCCACCGUGGCCCAGCUCCUGCAGAACUCGCUGUUUAGUGAUGUGAUGUUGUGCAACUCAGAGAAGCUACAGUUCAAGAUCACCACCAAGUUAAAGGACGCCCUGAGAACAGCCAAAGAGUGCAUGGAGAAGAGGCUGCAAGAGGAGCAGAAAAUGAUCCACCAGCACAGGAGGCUGACUCGAGCCCAGUCUCACCACGGCUCUGAGGAGGAGAGGAAGAGGAGGAAGAUCCUGGCCAGAAAGAAAAACAGGCAGUCAGCCUACGAAAAUGAAGAAGACCUUUCUGCAAAAUACAACAACAAUUCUGGUUCUGGGGCCAGCUCCCCCCCGACGUCCCCCUCCUCCCCCACCCCUCCCCCCACGACAGGGAACGCGCCUCCACCGCCCCCUCCCCCUCCACCUCCACCCCCCCCGUGUGAUCCGGCGCAGACCCAGGCACCCCCCCUCCCGUGUGUGAACGGCGUGGGCCGUGGGGCUCUGCUCAGCUCCAUCCAGGGCUUCAGCAAGGGCAAGCUGAGGAAGGCCGAGAUCAGCGACCGCAGCAUCCCCCACCUGUGAGGGACACGUUACAGUACAUUACAGUACAUUACAGCACAUUACAGCACAUUACAGUACAUUACAGUAUAUUACAUUACAGUACAUUACAGCACAUUACAGCACAUUACAGUAUAUUACAGUACAUUACAGCACAUUACAGUAUAUUACAUUACAGUACAUCAUAUUACAUUACAGCACAUUACAUUACAUUACAGCACAUUACAGCACAUUACAGCACAUUACAGUACAUUACGGCACAUUACAGUAUAUUACAUUACAUUACAGCACAUUACAGUAUAUUACAUUACAGCACAUUACAGUAUAUUACAUUACAUUACAGUACAUCAUAUUACAUUACAGCACAUUACAGUAUAUUACAUUACAGCACAUUACAGUACAUUACAGCACAUUACAGCACAUUACAUUACAUUACAGCACAUUACAGUACAUUACAGCACAUUACAGUACAUUACAGUACAUCACAUGAGAUUAAGCUGAGCCACGUACAGCGUUCGCAUUACAUACAGUCCCAUGUAAACACCUGGAUAUGUACUGAAGCCUUAACUGGCUCUGCCCCGCCCCGGAAAACCCUAACCUUUCCUUUCCGAGUUGCAAGUCCCCAAAACCUUUACUUGAAUCACAGGUUCCGUUCUGUAACCAUCGCACUACGCUGCUACCCCGCACAGGCGCACACCGCUGCUGUGGUGGGGUUUGUGCAGUGAUCGCUGUUUCUAAAUUCUUUGGUUGAAUGCCUUAUUUUGUUAUAUUGGUUUAUUUUAGUGCAAUCCGUUUGGUUUCGUUUUUAUGCUUUUUGUUAUUUUGCCUAUUUUCGCCACUGAUUAAUUAUGCCGUGUUCCGUGUUUAUUUGCAUUUUUCCACUUUAGUAUAGAUUAGUACACCUGACCUCACACCUUUUCUCAUCAGAGGUCAUGUUCUUGCAGUGCUCCCAAAGACCCAGCUGUUAAUGCAGCGCCACAGAUAAAUAAUCGCAGAUUUACAUUUUGUGCCGUUCUUGAUGGUGGUGUUCUUUCCUUUCACGAGUGCAUGCUAUUUACAAGAAAGGAAGCUUUGCCUGAAUUUCUGUUAAGCUGGUAUCCAACAAACGACACGUUAAUUGUAUUCUGGUACCGUCUCAUGGUGAUUUGUUCAUUUUGGAUCUUGAUUUAUUCGAGGAAACCAAGGGAAUCAGUUGAUAGUGACAGCAAUACAUUGAGCGAUGUGUCCUAGCGGUGUGUGCAGCAUGACGGCGUUUAGCUCCACGAUAUACGGCUAGCCUAGCAUUCCCAGCCCUCCAGCCUGGCUGCUUUAUUAAUGAGAGCCUCCACAGUGAGUGCCGCUGUUUGGAGAUUCCUGAAAACAUUAAUAAAGUUAGCGUCUCAUUUUCAUUUUCAUUUUGCACGCCUUUCCUGGAAAUGCUAAAUGUGGCGUCCCAGUUUUUCUUUUUUUUUGCACACUCAAAUUAUGAGCGACCAUUGUGUGCCACAGCGUAUAAACACAAAUUCCUGUUUCCCACGAUUUCAGAGUACACACAGGAACAUCCGAUCGUCCUGAUGUUGGCCUAAAAGCCAGAGAGAGUCCUCAAAGUAGCCUGCCAGGAUAUAAUUGGUGGUGUACUCAUGUACAAGUACAUGGGACACAGCUGGCAGUGCUGAUUAAUUGCCAGCCAGGCCACUGUAAACCCACUAUUGCAUGUUUCCACCUGAUGCCAUCAGGUUUUUGAUUGAUUUUUUAAAUUCAACACGUUAUUUUCAUACAUUUGAUUUCUGCGUAGUCGAACAAGAAAGUGUUUUGUUUACACUAGUGACAAUGCUGAGAUGGAGACAAUGGGCACCUAGGCCAUAAUCAAGCAGUAGGCAGUGGUUGAUCUUUAGGAAGUAUUAAACUCCCACAUCUACUUGUGCUUGUGUGUGCAGGCUUUUGGACUGACCAAGCAAGCACAAAAAUCAUUGGCCCUUACAAAGACAUAUAAGUAAAUGCUCUCCGUAAUUUUAUUCUCCGGUAUCUAUUAUUGCCUGCUGAAUAUGCUGGCCUUUUUAAAGUGUAAUUUAUUUUCAGAUAGAAAUAGUAAUAAUGCAUUUUUGAUUCUUUCAAGUAUAUUUGCUAAACAGUGCCACAUCCACCUUAGUGCCUCAAUAUAUUUUUUUCUAAAGCAUCAUUAGUGGAAUUGUUGACUGUGAAGAUCCUAUUUAGACCAUUGGGGGAAAGCAGUGUAAUUACUGUACACAGCAAAAACUGGCGUGUAUUUAUUGCCCUCUAGCACCAUCUUGCCAUUAGAGUGUUUCCUGAAAUUUCUAGAAAAAUAAGAUUGUGUCAUGCCAUGUCAGACAAUGAACCUAUGUGCGAACAGGCUUUUAAAAAAAAAUACAGACUUUGAAUGAAAAGGGUAAAAAGUUACACAUGCUGAUUUUCAUUCGUUACGUUCCCUCGACACGACCACUCUGCUGAAAAUGCAGAAAACACACACAUGCUUCUCUGCCCCUGCCCCGUCUUCAGAAGAAGGCCUCGGUAAUUGUAGAGUGGUUUUCAGAAAUGUGCCCUUGUCUUGUACUAUUUAAUGAUCCUGGUGAGUACCAGAUGGAUGUUCCAAUCUGAUCUUUGAUCCAUCAGCAUAAAAUACUGGUUGUGUGUGCUUUUGUAGUUUUAAAAAGAUAUUUUUGCAGUCUUAUUUUUAAAUUAAGGCAUUUGCACAUUUCAGCUUUUGGAAGCUUAGUGUAUCUCUCCCUUCAAUGAUCACUGGGGUCAGAUGAGUGAGGGGUUUGAAAGCUAGCGUGAUUUGAUUAAACGGUUAACGGCUAUAGCUCUUUGAACCAAACAUCUCAUAGUUUCACAUUGUCAUCCAUUUUGCUUAAACAGCCUGAGCUCUCUCACAACAGCAGGUUUGGGCGAUGGUACAUCAUGUAGUGCUUUAAUGCCACUGUAUGAUCAAAUAUUUUUAGAUGUUUUAGGAACUGGAAGCAGCUACCAAUCUACAACACUGAUUUGCUUCCUGGCUUGACUGUUUGGUUCAAAAGCAUACUUAUUGAUAUGUUCCCUUUGAAUUCAACAGAGUUAUGGAAUUUUAAAUUAUACUCUGAUUUGUUUUCAUCCACUUUUUUAAUUUAUUGAAAGCCAAUUACGAUGAUCUAAAAGUAUCAUGGACAUUGCGACUACAGUAGCACUGUUUGGUGUUCAUAAACGGUUAAAAAUUUUUAAUAUAAAAAAAAAAGCUAAUUUUCUUCUUGUUUUUGGCUUAUCCUGUAAUUGAAGCCUCUAUUUCAGUCAGCUAUUUUACUAGUUAGAUCUUUUAAUGCGUCUUGGGCUCCACAUGGUGAAAAAAAUGAUAAAGAAACUUGUCUUUGUUCUCCAUGUCUAUUUAUUGUAAAGGACACAUCUUAUUCUGUCAUUAAACGCUGUAUUUUAAGAGUGACAAUUGAACUUCCAAAAUGAAUAUAUCCUGUGUUGUCUUAAUGAUUAGUUUACACCUGCACAUGUUGUACAUAAUGUCUAGCUGUGGUAUAAUAUGCAGUUUAAUAACCUGAAUUUUUAUUUUUGCAUAUCACUCAUCUCAUUUUUGCACUGUUGAAUUUUGACAUAAAUUAUGAAAGAACAAAAUGAGGUUUGCUUACCGCUGUAAGUGUUGAUGACCCAUUAACUGGCAUGUAUAGAAAGGUCUUUUACAAUCUUAAUGGUAAAUCUCUGCACUUUAGCAUGAACAUUUCAGACCUUUUCUAAAACAAAUUUAUUUUGCUGCUGGUACUAUAAUUUGUGCUUUUUUUGCAAUUGUUUUGAGAAUACACAAAUUUGUUGGUAAUGAAGAAAAUGUUUUCUUAGAUAUUUUCAUAGCUUGCAUCUUAUUUUAACCUUCAUUCAGCUGAAGAAAUUAUGUUUAAAUGUUACCAAUACUAAAAGCAAUUUCUGUAAUAUUUUCAUGUAGUGUGUUCUUCCAUUUCUGUUGUGGCUCAACUAGUUUUAACUGCCAUUAGAAAAACCGAUCCAUGAGAGUCCUAUUAUUACAGAGGUUGUUGUAUGUAUAUAUGUAAAAAAAAAAAAAAAAGAUCCAUGUAACUUGCAACAAAAUCUGUGAUUAUUUUAUUAAAAUAAUGAAAAUA